AUGACCUCUCGUUUUGUUCGCGUUAAUCUUGGAGCAAGUAAUCCACAACAAAAUCGGAAUUCAGAAUCAUUCCAAAAGGCCAGUCAGAAUCGCCUACCUGCAACAUUUGCUCCAAGACGCUUUUAUGCCACCACUGAAGAAAAGAUGCGCACAAAGUCUGCUAUUGGCCCUUUUACCUGGAAGGCAGCUACGGUGUUUAUUGGUACCGGUAUUGCCACAUUGAUCUAUUUUGAUCGUGAAAAGAAGAAAUCAAUUCAGCUGCGUGAAGAAAAGAAGAUACAGGAAAAGUCAAAGUCGUAUGGAAAACCAAAGCUCGGCGGACCCUUUAAGCUGACAAAUGCAGCAAACAACGAAGAAUUCGAUUCAGAAAGUCUUCGUGGUCGUUUCCAUUUGAUUUAUUUUGGAUUUACCCAUUGUCCUGAUAUUUGUCCUGAAGAAUUGGAUAAAAUGUCAGAAGUAGUAGAAGCAACAAAGAAAGAUAAAGAAUUGGGAGAACAUGCACUCGUACCUAUUUUCAUCACUUGUGAUCCUCGUCGUGAUACCGCACCCAUUGUCAAGGAGUACGUAAAGGAUUUCCACCCAGACCUAAUUGGCUUAACUGGCAGCCAAGAAGAGAUCAAAAAGGUUGCCAAACUAUUCCGUGUCUAUGUAUCGUCUCCUCCUGCUCUAUCAGAGGAUGAUGAUUACCUGGUUGAUCAUUCGAUCUUCUUUUAUCUUAUGAGUCCAGAGGGUGUCUUCUUGGAUUGCUAUUCUCAGAAUGCCACUCCGGAGAGUGUAUUGACCAGUUUUAAGAAGCACUAUCAGGACUAUGUAGAACAAGGAGGUCAAGUGAAUGAUACGCCUCUUUAG